AUGAAUAUAAAAAUGGAAUCGGAACAAGUGAAACCUUUAAGUACGAAUACCGUAGAAAAAUCAAAGUUUAAAGCGGACACGGUACCAGUUUCCGAGAUUUCUAUUAAAGAAUUCCUUAAUUUUUUAAGGACAGCUUAUCAGGUUCAAGAUAGCAUCGAAAAUAUUUUGACUGCGAAUGGUAUGUCAGAUGCCAUAGAAUGGCUAAAGAGAAAAGAAACUCUUAUGUUACUAAAUCAAAACAGCGUCAGCUGUCAAACUACUAUCGAUAUAAAUGGCGAUGGAGAUAAAAAAGAAAUUUGUCGGAAAAAAAGUGCAGCAUCCCUAUGCGCCGGAGAUUGCGAACCCCUUAAACGAAAACUCAGUGAGGUAAUCUCCGAAGGCCUUCUGGAUUCUGUAUUACCUUACUUGGUUCAUCCGACUAGUUCAAAAAAGAGUGUAGUAUCAGUAAAAAUGAACGAAAAAGCAGAAAAACCAGCAACCAGUCAAUCUUCUACAACGUCAGUACCGCAAAGCGAAAAAACCUUAUCCCGAAGAAGAUCUAGCGAUCCCAUUCUUAAGCCUAUUACUAAUAAAACGGAAUCCGAAGUCGAAAUUAAUGUUUGCGAUGAACUAAAGUCCGCCAAAAAAACUUUUUACUGUAAUCAAAAUUUGCUGGUUUCAAAAAUGGGAUAUUUCGCCACAGUGACGCAAGGACAACGUUUAGAAGACAUGGAUAUAUCUGUACAUUGCGACAUCGGGAUAUUUGAAUGGUUAAUGCAGUGGAUAAAAAAAGAUAAUUUACCGAAAGAAGAAUGGCCUCAAUUAGAAUCAAAUUAUGUUGUUCCGAUAUUAGUAUCAGCUGCUUUCCUCGAAAUGGAUACUUUGUUAGAAGAUUGCCUGUUGUUUUGUCACGAACAUAUGAACGAAAUACUCAAAACUAACACCAAUUUAUCGUGUUUAAAUGAUACUGUUCUCACCAGAUUAGCCGCCAUGUAUACUAACGUCGAAGUAGAAGCAAUUAAAGAUAAAAAAGAUAAAAUUCAAUCGAGACUUUUCACCAAACUCAUACAAUCUCUAGCCGAACCGGAGCCAGAAAGCGUUAGAGGUCAUUGGUGUUCUUUAGCGAGAGUAUUUCGAUGUGAAAAAUGUCAAUUGCUUAUUACCCCCGACGUGGCUGCUAAAAUACCUUGUUUACCGCCCUGCAUGCGGCUUCAACCAGACGGAACCAUAAUAAGUUUACAUAUCAGAGAUCCAAAAUGGGAUAUAAACACUUAUAUCGUCAAAUUAUUCAAGAAUUUAAAAUCAUGGAGAAAAGUAUAUUGGAGAUUAUGGGGUGAUGCUCAUUUUCUCUUUUGUUCAACUUGUUUACGAUACUUUCCAUCUAAUCAGAUCGGUUGGUGUCGUUAUCAUCCUGAUACUCCACAAUUUUUCACUUUGGACGCCCAAAGAGCACCACUACCUAUAGGAAGGUUCCCAUGUUGUGGAGAAAGGGCUUAUAGGUUUCAGCUACUUGAAAAUUUUAAUGGUUGUAACUGUAGACAACAUACGGUACUUGCCGAAGAUGUUAAAGACACUGCAGUAUUUGCAAUGUUAGAAACUUAUAGACAUUUAAUUGAAGAAGAACCUCCUCAAUUAUUAUUUCCCGAAAAACUUACAAGACUCGUAGCAAGAGACCCUAAUGUUUCUGACAAAAAAUUCGUAUGUAAGAAAGUUUUCUGGUGGGACGGUUUCGAAAUAAUACCGCCUCGACCAAAGCUAGGCUUGUUAAGUAAUUUCACAAAUCGUUGUGAUUUCUCACAAGAUACUGAAGAAAGUUCUGGAGAAUAUAGUGAGGAAGAAUCAACGACCUCAGGUUCAUCAGAUACAGAAGGAAGUGCUGAGAGUGACCCUAAACCAAGAUUGAAACCUGUCAAAAGGAAGCCUAAACGCAAACUAGAGACAAGUGUCUGGCAGCCAAAUAUAUCUGCUAGGAGUAAUCAAGACAUUCAACGUGCCUAUGAAGAGAAAACAAUAAGAGAAAUAACGGAAUUUUUGAAUCGAAACAUAAUCAUAGAUACCCUCACCAAAGGAAGAGGGGUUUCUAAAAAUUCAACUCCAGUAGGUGGAAUUUGGGUGAGGUUAGAACAAGAAUGGAAAGAAACAUCACAAAAAAAUAAAACACCAGCAUUAACACUUCCUGGAAAAAAUAGAUUUGCAAGGGGGAAAUAGAAAAGCUGUUGAACAAAAUUCUGUAGUUACUUAGUAGCUAAUAAAAUUGUUUUUAUGCUUA